CUUAGCAGCGAUUUAAUGAGUGACAUUUGUAUAAAUUCUCAGACAGCAUCGGUUUGACCAAAGAAGGGAGAAUCAAGACUUCAAAAUAGCACGAGUUCAUACAGUGCAAACAUGUAUUUUAAGAUGAUUGUGUCGUUUCUGGCGGUGAUGUUGGCCGUGGCGAGCGCUGGGCUGAUUGGAGGUCCUGUAGAUGCAGACAUGAACGACGACGGUGUUCAGAGUGCGCUACAGUUUGCAAAAGCCCAGUUCAACAAUCAUUGCUUUAAUGAUUCGUUUGAGCUUCAGAUUCGCAAAGUCGUCAAGGUUCAAACUCAAGUAGUGUCCGGCCUGAAAUACAUCUUCACUGUGAAAGUGGCCAGAACACCUUGCAGGAAGGAUGGAGUUAACGACAGCGUUAAGACCCUGUGUGUCGUUCCUGCUGUUGCUGACGUCACUCAGUGCAAAAUAGCGGUCUGGAGCCAGCCAUGGUUAAACUCAAUUAUAGUAGUUGAAAACACCUGCAUUUAGAGCAUGUUUCUUGUGCAGUUUGAGGCUUUUUAACAUCUUUUCGGCUUUUUCAUCUUUCCUAUUGAUGAACUUGGAAUUUGAUUUGUCAUAACCUUUGUCAACAAUAAAUCAUGAUAUAAGAAUUCC